AUGUCGGCAUCCCCGACAGCGUCUCCGGGUGAGGAUUCUUCAAAGUGGGAUCCUCAGGUGAUCGGCAUGGUUGGCCUGGUUUGCAGCAUCUUCCUGUUGUUCAGCUACUAUAAGAUACUAGAAAGGAACUGCGCCACAAUUCGCGUAUCACGAAAUCGAGAGCAACGGAGGCGCCUGAAUCAGCAUCUUGAGGAUUUCUCCUCCCAGCUCCAGAGCAGGGGACUGGACUCGUAUCUCAUGCACUCGCUUCCCAUCACUCAGAUCAAGAAAUGCAAGGAUACAGAGCCCAACCUCAGCAGUUGGGAGUGUGCAGUCUGUUUGGGGGAAUUCGAACAAGGGGAGUGGGUGAAGCAUCUGCCUAUUUGCUCUCAUGUGUUUCAUGUCUCGUGUAUCGAUACUUGGUUUCAGACUCACGACAGCUGCCCCCUCUGCAGAUCCUAUGUAUGCCAUCCCAAUACGCCUCCUCAAUCAUCAAUCAACAUCAACAUCUAUCUCCAGACUCUCAAUAGGGAGGACUUUCAUCGCCACACAUCACAGCAUUACCAAGAACGGCGUGAUGAUCUGAGUAAUAGUUGA